UAUUGAUGAAUGGUUUUUUUAAAGUUUUUUAUUUAAAAAUUAAAUUUAGGGGGCAAAUUGUUAUGAUUGGAUUAUUAACACGUUAUGCACGUACACAAUUUUUAGCACCUCCAGACAAUAAUCUUACAACAAAUCGACAAAGUUUUAGUAAAACUAAAAGUUUUGAUAGCGAUGGAAGCGAGGAUAGUCAAUUAAAUAAAACAAAAUCACCUCAAACGCUAGAUCCUGAUCACAACCUCUUACUAGUUGCUGUGCGCCCAUUACUGCAGAGUAGGAAUCCAGCUGUUGUUAUGGCAGUGUCCCAAUUACUUUAUUAUAUUGCCCCAUUUGCCCAACUUUCUGCAGUCCCACGUGCCCUCGUUCGUCUUUUGCGUGGAACAAAUGAAGUUUCUUAUAUAAUUUUGGUUAAUAUUGCAAGUAUGAUAUGUUCAAAUAAUUCUAGAUGGGGAAAUGAAAAAAUUAAAGAAGAAAAUGAAAAGGAAGUAAAAAAUAAAAAAGAAACAAUUUUGUCAGUUAAUAAGACUUUAUUUUCACCUUUUCUAAAAAGUUUCUUUGUUCGUUCUUCUGAUGCUAUGCAAGUUAAGAAAUUAAAAUUAAAUGUUUUGACUUGUUUAGUGGAUGAAUCUAAUGUUCAACUUGUUAUUAGAGAAUUACAGGCUUAUAUGCAAAUGACUGAUUUGGCUGAAGAAGCUGUAGAAGCAAUAGGUCGAUGUGCUUUAGCUGUCCCCUCAGCUGCAUCUGAAACUUGUUUAGCUACAUUAGUUAAAAUUAUAUCUGAUCCAAAUGCUCGAGAAGAGAUUGUUUGUGUUGCUGUUGUUGUGUUGAAACGUUUAUUACAUUCAGAUGCUCCUUUGAAUUUGUUAAAGAAAGUUUCUCGUCUUAUGGAAAAUGUGAAGGCCCCAUUAGCACGUGCUUGUAUUCUUUGGUUAAUUGGCAUGCACAUUAAUCAAGUACCUAAUAUAGCUCCUGACUUGUUGAGAAAAGUGGCUAAAACGUUUGCUGAUGAAGCCGAUUGUGUUAAGCUUCAAGCACUUAAUUUGGCGGUUCGAAUAUAUAUAAUCGAAACUUUAAAAGACAAUAAGAACACUAAAAUAAAUUUACUUAUUGACUAUAUUUUUCAAUUGGCACGUUAUGAUCGCUCUUAUGAUAUUCGUGAUCGUUGCCGUUUCUUACGGAAUAUGCUUUUUUCUAAUUGUUCUUCAACUUCCUCUGCUAUUGUUGAACAAAAAAUAUUUGAUGAUAAUUUUUCGAGCUCUUCUAUAACUAAAUCUGAGGAAUUGAAUAAUGAAGAAAUAACAAAUAAUAAUUCCUCAAUUGAAAAAAAUAUUUUAAAUGGAGAAACAAACUUUCAAAAAGAUGAUGAAGGAAUAGUUAAAUUCCCUUUGGAAAUAUUUUUAAGUGAUCGUCCAGCUCCAUUAAUGCAAAAUUCUUUUGCUGAUAGAGUUGAGCAUUUCCAACUUGGAACACUUUCUCAUCUUUUAAAUCAGAAAUGUUCGGGUUAUGAGCAUUUACCUGACUUUCCAACUGUUCAACCUGACCCUACUAUUCGUCGAGAUGCAUAUCCUUUACCUUCUGAUUCGCUUGAAGCUGCUAAUCAACUUGUAAAAACUAAAAAAUUAAGUGUGGAAGAUGAAUAUACAAGUGUUGAAUCUGGCUCUGAUGAAGAGGAAGAUGAGGAUGAAGAAGAAUAUGAGGACGAGGAGGAAGAAGAAGAGGAUGAGGAAAAUGAAGAUGAAGAGGAUGAAUCAGAAGUUGACGAACCUCGUAAAGAAAUAAAAACAUCGCCGAAAAGAGAUUUUGAAACCAAACAAGUUUUAAAAUCUUUAAAAACGGACGAAAAAGAAUCAAAUGAUGAUUUGUUAUUAUUGGGAAUUGAUUUUGGAACGUCUUCAAUUAAUACAACAUCCUCCGACUUUGUUAUGCCGAAUGUGGAUUUGCCUGUUCGACACUCUGCAUGGCUUCGUGCUUCGGCACAAUGGGCAAAUGAGGAAUUUACAUUUCAUUUUGUUGCUCCAGUUGUUUCUGGUGGUCUUUCAAUUUUUGGCCGUUUUUGUCGUUCUCCAUGUCUUUAUUCAAGUUCUAUGUGUCUGUUACAAACAAGCGGCCCAUUUACUCUUAAUGGACUUGGAGAAGGUGAACGUCGACGUGUAACUAUUGGAAUAGAUUUUGGUGAUACUGCACAAGCAUCGGAAUGGACGGUGAAAUGGGGGCCUGAUGGAGAAAGAUUUGUUCGGUUUGAAGUGAAGGCUCCAUAUGGAGAACAAAUUGAAUCUGUUCAAAUAUCUCAAAAUGAUUUUCUUAAACAACGCAGUCUUCUUAGUGGAAUGAAUCAAAUUAAAAUAAACAAUUUAAAAUUACCUUCUGAUUUAAUUUUGGUUCGAGAAUUAUAUAAAAUUUGUAAUUGUAAACAAGUUGUUGGCGAAGAUGAAAUUGAAUUGGGAAAAAAUUUAUCUUUUGCUGCUCAAACUGUGUCAAACAAAACACUUGUAUUAAUUUCAUUCUUUCCGGAAACUUCGAAAUUAGAGCAAAAUACUUCAAAUUAUUCAACUUUUUGUUUGCAACUUAAUUGUGAAAAUAUUACUUUUGCUUCGAUGUUGGCACAAGAAUUGACGAAGCAUUUUGGUACUUUUGUUGUUAAUAAUUAA